GGUACUGACAAGAGGGCUUUAACUGCUACCUCCCUGCCCAAACAUUCAACAAAAUGGAUCCCCAAAGAGAACUUACGGAAGAACUUCAGCUUUAUCAGUCCACUCUGCUUCAGGAUGGCCUCAGGGAACUUUUGGAAGAGAAAAAGUUCAUUGAUUGUUCCCUUAAAGCUGGGGAUAAAAGUCUCCCUUGUCAUAGACUGAUUCUGUCAGCCUGUAGCCCUUAUUUCCGUGAGUACUUCUUGUCUGAGGAAAGCGAGGAGAAAAAGAAAGAGGUAGUUCUAGACAAUGUUGACCCUGUCAUCCUGGAUAUGAUUGUUAAGUACCUGUACUCUGCUAGCAUUGACCUCAAUGAUUCGAAUGUCCAAGAUAUUUUUGCACUGGCAAGCCGCUUUCAGAUUCCUUCGGUUUUCACUGUGUGCGUGUCUUACCUUCAGAAGAGACUUGCUGUUGGUAACUGCCUGGCCAUCCUUAGAUUAGGACUUCUGCUCGAUUGCCCAAGACUCGCGCUGGCUGCCCGCGAUUACGUGUCGGAUCAUUUUGUGCAGAUUUGCAAAGAAGAGGACUUCAUGCAGCUCGCCCCCCACGAACUCAUCUCCAUUAUUUCUCCAGACAGCUUGAAUAUUGAAAAGGAAGAAGUGAUUUUUGAAGCUGUCAUGAGGUGGGUUCGGACGGACAAAGAGGACCGGAUGAAGAGUCUCGUGGAAGUGUUUGACUGCAUCCGCUUUCGCUUAAUGGAGGAGAAAUAUUUCAAGGAGCACGUUGAAAAGGAUGAUAUAAUCAAAGGCAACCCUGAUCUUUCAAAGAAAAUCAAGGUUAUCAAAGACGCCUUUGCAGGGAAACUGCCUGAGCCUUCUAAAAAUGUGGGCAAGUCAGCCAAAGGAGAGGGAGAGGUUAAUGGUGACAUUGGCGAUGAAGACUUGCUCCCGGGCUACCUAAAUGAUAUUCCCAGGCAUGGAAUGUUUGUCAAAGACCUCAUUCUUCUUAUUAACGAUACCGCUUCAGUGGCUUAUGAUCCCACAGAGAAUGAAUGUUACCUGGCAGCUCUGUCGGAACAGAUUCCCAGAAAUCAUUCCAGCAUAGUCACUAAACAGAAGCAGAUCUAUGCGGUGGGAGGGCUCUACGUAGACGAAGAGAACAAGGAACAGCCUUUCCAGUCGUACUUUUUUCAGCUGGAUACCAUCUCUGCCGAGUGGGCUGGUCUUCCUCCGCUGCCGUCUGCUAGAUGCCUUUUCGGACUGGGAGAAUCAGAGAACAAAAUAUUUGUAAUUGCAGGCAAGGAUCUCCAAACCGAAGAGUCCCUGGAUUCGGUUUUAUGCUAUGAUCCCACGUCACUCAAAUGGAACGAGGUCAAAAAACUCCCGCUCAAAGUGUACGGUCAUGCUACAGCUUCACAUAAUGGAGUAAUAUAUUGUCUUGGAGGAAAGACUGAUGAUAAGAAAUGCACUAACAGAGUAUUUGUGUACAAUUCGAAGAGGGGAGACUGGCGUGACCUCCCGCCCAUGAAAGUGGCUCGCUCUAUGUUUGGUAUUGCUGUCCAUAAAGGUAAAAUUGUGAUUGCAGGUGGCGUUACCGAAGAAGGCCUCUCUGCUUCUGUUGAAGCAUUCGAUCUCACCACUAACAAAUGGGAAGUGAUGCCAGAGUUCCCACAGGAGAGAAGCUCUAUCAAUUUAGUUGAUCUGGCUGGGUCCUUGUACGCUAUUGGUGGUUUUGCUAUGGUUCAACUGGAAUCUAAGGAAUUUGCGCCAAGUGAGGUUACAGAUAUCUGGAAAUAUGACGACGAGAAGAAAGAGUGGUGCGGCAUGCUGAAAGAAAUCCGCUACGCUUCUGGAGCCUCUUGUCUUUCUAUCGGCCUGAAUUUGUUUAAGCUAACGAAGCUGUAAUCUGAAAGGCUGAUAG